GUCAUUACUCAUCGUUUAAAUGUGCAGACGCCCACGGAAAACACGACGAAAUUCCGUAUUCCUCGCCGAUUUAACGUAGCACAGCGGAGGGGUAAUUAGACAGACACCCGACGAUCAAAUAACAAGCACUCAGGGAGACAAUCUCUCAACGUUUAGACUAUAAGUUCGGGCAUCUUAACCAAACUGUAUUGCUUGACAAUACACAUCAACAAGCAAAAAGGAAAUACUACCAUCGUUGGAUCAUUAUUUUAACGCAACUGUAGAGAAUCAAAACAACCAGAAGAUCAUCACUUCGGCGCCCGGUGAAUUUAGAAAACCUGGUGUGAUCGAUUAACAGAACUGGCCUUUUAAAAUACACUGCCUGUAAAAAUGGGACUGCUGUUUGCCAAACUGAUGACUGUUUUCGGAGACAGAGAACACAAAGUGAUUAUUGUCGGUUUGGACAAUGCUGGGAAGACCACUAUCCUCUACCAGUUUUUAACUAAAGAAGCCGUGCAGACUUCUCCCACAAUUGGCAGCAACGUAGAGGAAAUUGCAGUGAAGAAAACACGCUUCCUUGUCUGGGACAUCGGUGGUCAGGAGAGUCUCAGAGCUACCUGGAACUCGUAUUACUGUAAUACAGAGAUUGUCAUCCUGGUGGUUGAUAGCACUGACCGAGAACGCCUGACUAUAACUAAAGAGGAGCUUCAUCGCAUGCUUGCACAUGAGGAUCUGCAGAACGCAUCGGUGCUGGUUUUGGCAAAUAAGCAGGACAUGAAAAACAGCAUGUCUGCUGCAGAGAUCUCUCAGAGUCUGACUCUCAGCUCGCUCAACGCCCGCUCCUGGCAUGUCCAGGCCUGCUGCGCGCUCACUGGAGAAGGUUUACCAGCCAGUCUAGAUUGGAUGCGCUCCCGAGUUGUGGCGAAUUAGUCCAGCAACAGUGCUUCUGAAACCUCUGGAACUGCUGAAAGAGAGAUCAGGCCUGCUUAAGACUUUUCAUCAAGCUCUCAGUGCCUCUGUCUGAGUAAACUUCAAAUACUGAAUCUUGGAGGAACACGCUUCAUCCACUUACUAUGGAUAUCAGAACAAGCCUGGAGACUCUGUGUGUGUGUGUGUGUGUGUGUGUGAGAGAGAGAGAGAGAGAGAGAGUGAGUGAAUGUGUGUGUAUAAACGUUUGUGUUUGUACAUUAUGUGACUCCGUUCUAGAGGUCCACAUGUUUACAUUACAGACUUCUGAAAUGAUCUGACCCUGAUCAUGAUGUGUUGGUGCCACUGUUUUCACCUCCGGCUGUGCUGACGGCUCCGCUGCUCACGUGGAGUUAUUGUCUACAGGCGUCCAUCUCAAAAAGGGUGGAGGUGGGGGUAAUGGUUCACAUGCCCGUGCUGAUUCAUGAUGAGCCACUAAGCUAUUGAGCAAGCAUUACUUGAAGUAUUUAAAUGGAAAUUAUUUGUGUAUGUUGUACAGAUGUGUGCAUGCAGAAUGGAACGUGUUCAAGUAUUUUAUUUUUGAAAGUAGACUGGAUAUUCAUAGUAUGCUUUCUUAUAUAAUUUUGUACAAAAAAAGUUUUGUACAAAUAAAAAAUCUACUAAAAAUAU